AUGGCCACAGAAGACAUAGAGGGUGUCGAGGAGGCACUCUGUGAGGUGCCGUGGGAACCUGAGUCCCCGCCGCAGGCGCCUGCCCUCAGCUUCCGGGCUCGCAAGUGGCUUGGGCUUGGUUUCACAGCGGUGGCAACCAUUGGCCUCUUGUGGGUUGCGGUGUUUCGAGCAGGGCCGGUACAAGACAGCGCUGUCCUGCCCAAAGUUUCGGAGACCUCCUUGGAAGUUGCCAACAAGAUGGGAGUUCAGGAACUCCUUGAGCUCUUUGACCUGGACGGCUUGACUUCCGAGUUGCAAAGUUCCAAUAACAGCUUUGUGAAAGAGAUCUUCGACAUCAAGCGACACCUUCAGGACAUGACGCAGAACCCCCUAGCCUUGCCCAUCGCUACUUGCACAGUUGACGUUUACCUCGUUGCAUCCUUCAUCGGGAUCAUUGGUAACGUUGUCAACGGGGCAGUCAAGGCUUGCGAGCGUAAGGACACCUAUCGAAACUUUGUGACUGCAGACCGCUUCGUGGACUUGCUGAAGAUUGACUUCCUGGACGAGCGUAAAAGGCAGGCGCUCAAAAAGUUGCUGGACCAAGGUUGCAGAAUCGGGAUCGAGACCAGCUUUGCCCUUUUCAGUUUCACGGCGGCCUUCCUAGCGCGUGCGGCUUCAGACUGUGCAACGUCCAUGAAGCUGCCACCAAAUCCGACGGCUCAAUGCGCAGCUUCAUUGAGCCUGGUGGGUUCUGGCAUCUCCUAUUUGGCCGCCGGGGCAGAGAUUGCUGACGCCACAUGCCCCCCCUAUCCGAACUUGAGGGACAAAAGAGUGUCAAAGGACUUGGUGGAUGUGAGUGCCCUUGACAUUGUUGGUGGAGUUGCGAGGCGACUCGGCGUUAACACAAUUGACAAUCCUGUGGCAGAGGCGAAGCUGGACGAUGCACGUCAAAUUGUUCUUUCUCGCCUUCCUUCGCUCGGAAAGCUUGGUGGCUUCAUCGUGAACAACAAGGAAUGGUUGAAGAUCAGACGAGAGAAGCGCAAGGCGAAAUCUCGCAAGGAGAAGGAGAUUAAGUGCGGCUUCGACAUUGCCGGGCUGGUGGGCUUUGCGGCAGCGGUCGGUGUUUUCAUUACCGCUGGAACCGUUGAAUGUCCCCUUGCCUCUGGUGAGACAGCUGCAGCCGAAAAUUUCAAAAUGGGCUGCAGCCUGGACAUCUCAGCCGUGGUUGCAGCCUUGACAACGAUUGGUGGUUUCGUUGGUAUCCUUGCAGUCGAGUGCCCGGAGGAUCCUAAGAAUGCAGCUGCCAAGCUUUGCUCCACCGGAGCCUUGAACAUCGUCUCAUCGAUGGGAUUCCUGUCGGGUGCCUUCUCAGACAUUUCCCGAUCAUGCCCCGCAGCAUUGCAGGAAAUCCAGGAUGCAUAG